UACGAUAUUAUAUCAUUUUCAGGAAUUUUGUCGAUAUGAAUUACUUUGCAAACGUCAAUUUGAAUACUUCGUUAUUCGAAAUUGUUGUUGAGCAAUAUUGAUCAGUUACUGAAAUAUUGUUUACCUUUUAUCUACUUUUACAGCUAGCCGUUUCUUGUUCUGGAGUUUUCAUCGUUCAGUAUACCCGUACCUGCUUUGUUUUCCAAAGUACAGCUGGACAAUUUUGUUAUCACUCGCGCCGAAAUUCACAAUGCGGGAGAACUGACUGCAUCGUUUCGUUCAAUUUCCGAUGGUGAUUAAUAUUGCCACUAGCCAUACUGCACCAUGCUGCAGCUGCAGGUUUCUCUGAGGACAUCGCCGAUAUUUUGCAUAUAUGCAAUCCUAUUCUCCGUUUGUAACGCCGAUGCAGGGUCAUCGUCUCUCUAUCGAUACAAACGCCAACAAUACUCAUAUGCAUCAUACUCUCCAGGCCAAUACGCUGCAGCUCUAGCUCCAGCUAACUACAACUACAGCUCAUCCGGCAGCACAGCGGGAUCGCCGGGAUGUCCAACAUGCGCCACUUGCACACCACCAUGCACGGCAAACCCAUGUUUUUUCAGCUCUUUACCAUACCACUGCACCCUGGACCAAUGUACUCAAGCACAAAAAGACAGCAACGAUUUUUCUAUCUUCGCUCCCAACGUGAAAAUCCCGAAGUGUUUCUUCAAUCUGAAAGGGUUCAAGAUUUUCUCCUUCAAUCUCUGUGCAAAAAGUACCGCCCAGACUAAGCCGGACGAUACAACAAAAAAAGUGGAGUGCUAUGGCGGAAAUGCUGCCUAUGGCGCCUGCUUCAGCAUUACAGCUCCGGGGACACCGCCGAAUCCAGCCAAUGGCUACGUUCUAGUACCAGAUAUCACUAGUUCUAGCACUACGUGUCAGAACAUACCUACUUCAACCACAACAGUAAUGCUGACCUGUGCCAUCAAAGCCACCGAUGCCAGUUCGAAUGUGGUUGGAAUCAGUAAUCAAUUUACGGUGACCAUCUCGACGGACUGUACGCCAUGAAUUCCUCUGAAUGCACCUACUGUGAUUUAUUUUAAGCUAUUGUCCCGGCCCUGGGCAGUGCAAUACCAGCGACCGCAUUUUAAUUAAACUGUAAAUAUUAGAAAUAACGCUGCAGUUGCAUGGAUCAACUACAAGUACGAGUAAU